AUGGUCUUACUGACGGAGAUCGUGCCCGAUUUCGAGGCGGAUACCAGCUCGGGACGCAUCAAGUUCCACGAGUACAUCGAUGGAUCAUGGGCCAUCCUUUUCAGCCACCCUGCGGACUACACGCCUGUUUGCACCACCGAGCUGGGUGAGGUUGGCAAGCUCCAAGGAGAGUUUGAAAAACGUGGCGUGAAGCUGCUGGCGCUAAGCUGCAAUGAUGUGGCAUCCCACAAGGGGUGGAUCAAGGACAUCGAGGCAUACACCCCAAACAGCAUUGUCAACUACCCCAUAAUCGCCGACCCCAACAGGGACAUCGCCACACUGUAUGGGAUGCUUGACCCCGAUGAGAAGGACAAGGCCGGCAUCCCUCUGACGGCGCGCGCCGUUUUCAUCGUGGGCCCCGACAAGCGCCUGAAGCUGUCCAUCCUCUACCCCGCCACCACCGGCCGUAACUUCUCCGAGAUCCUGCGCGUGAUCGAUUCGCUGCAGCUGACGGCGAAUCACUCGGUGGCGACGCCCGUCAAUUGGACCCACGGCAACAAGGUCAUGGUCGUGCCCACGCUCUCCGACGAGCAGGCCACCGCCAAGUUCCCCAAGGGAUUUGAGAAGGCCUCGCUGCCGUCAGGAAAGGGCUACAUUCGCACGACUGCCCAGCCCAACCUGCCCUGA